AGUCUGUGACAGUGAUUUAGUCUUCAAACUUUAUUAUAUACAAACAUUAACAAUUUGUAUAGAAGUUACUAUAAACUUCAGUAUAGUUUUGUUCUUGUCGUAUUAUAUUCUCAUUUUUAAUUAUUUAUCAUUUGUUUAAAUAGUUAUAUUAUCAAGAAAAAAUGGAUCAUAUAGUUGAUGAUCAAGGAAGCUUGAGGGAUUUUCUCAAAGAAGCAGAGCUUAUGCAGUAUUUUGAGUUAUUCAGAGAUAUAUUAAAAGUUAGUAAGUUAUCACAAUUAAAAUUUGUCGCACUCGAAGAUUUAGCACAAAUUGGGCUCUCUAAGCCCGAACAAAGGAGGUACAAGAAAAUUUACUCGAAAUACUUUCCAAACGCAUAUAAAAUAAUGCUGCGAAAAAUUCUUAAUGUAAAUAAAAAAGCAGAACCGCCUAGACAGGACCUAGGCUUAAUGCCCAGCGAGAAUCAAUCGAUCACGGAUAUAAAGGUUCCUAGGAAACACAUAAUAUCCAUUGAGGAUAUUACUAUAAAUAAGGAAUUAGGUAUGGGCCAAUUCGGUGUAGUACAGCAAGGGACAUGGACAACAGGAAAUCAAAGGCUUCAAGUGGCAAUCAAAUGUCUAGGGAAUGAGCGAAUGACAUCGAAUUCAACAGAAUUUUUAAAGGAAGCGGCCGUAAUGCAUAGUAUAGAACAUCCUAAUAUUGUACGGUUGUAUGGUGUGGUUCUACAUCUAGAUUCAUUGAUGUUGGUAACGGAGUUGGCACCGUUGCGGUCGCUUCUAGAAUGCCUGCGUGAGGUUACUCUCAGAAGUAAUUUCUCGGUAGCAGUUCUUUGUGAGUUCGCUGAACAGAUCUGUGAUGGAAUGACUUAUUUGGAGAAUAAAAGACUGAUACAUAGGGACUUGGCCGCGAGGAAUAUUUUAGUUUUUAGCAAGAACAAGGUAAAGAUCUCUGACUUUGGAUUGUCGCGGGCACUGGGCGUUGGCAAAGACUACUACCAGACUAAUUACAACGUGAAUCUCAAAUUACCCGUUGCGUGGUGUGCUCCAGAAUGCAUCUUGUACUUAAAGUUUACCUCAUCAAGCGAUGUUUGGGCAUUCGGUGUAUGCUUAUGGGAAAUGUUUACAUAUGGUUUUCAACCAUGGGCAGCUUUUUCUGGUCAGCAGAUCCUGGAAGCGAUUGAUGCUCCUAAUUUUCAACGACUGGAGCGCCCGGAAUGUUGUCCUGAUGCUUAUUAUUCAUUGAUGCUCGAGUGCUGGUCACACGAUCCGAAUGAUCGACCGAAAUUCAAAGAAUUGGGGCCUAGGUUACCACAUCUUAGACCGGAUGAAGUUGAAGUCUUAGUAAGUUUUAAGAAAACAGAAGACGGCCGGCGUUGCAACUUUCUCGAAUACAAAGCUGGGCAAAGGAUAACAGUUCUUGGGAAAGAAACUUAUACUAAAUCAGCUAUGUGGUAUGGCGUCCUACCCGGCGGUGCCUGCGGCAUGUUCGACCCGAAUCACACAAAACUGUUAAUCAGGCAUGAGAGAGGUUCAUUAGCGCCUUCACUGUCACCGCAUCCAAUCCGUAACUCCACUCGAUCCAUACGUUCAUCGCUAUUGCGGUCUGACGUGAAAAGACACACAUACACGGGCAAACGCACGAUACAACGCAGCAUGAUAUCGAGCCCGCAAGGGGAGGUGAAGCAUACUGGUCACGUGGGCCUCGACGGUGCCUACUUUGGUGAUCUUUCGUUCCUGGAUCCAACUGGAUGUCCCCCACGUCAGAUCGUGACCCCGUACAAGCCAUCCGAGGAUUUGGAACAAGUUCCGUUAAUCAACCCCAAUUCGCCAUCUCAUCUCACUGCCACGACGAGUACUUCUUCGUACCCGCUGCUGACACCCGGCAGGCAGACUACGAGUGAGUGCGAUGAAGUCGAUCUUUCAUUUGGCGACAAGUCCAAGAACUCCAAGAAGCAGAAACCUCAGAAGCCUCACAAGUCGACCUCGGAACCGACAACGAGCAAAAGUCUUCUCGACAAGGUUAAGAACGCGACACUUGGCCGCUCGCACAAAAACGAAGAAGCUUCUUCAAAGAACGAUGAAAUUCACGAAUAUCAUGAAAUAUCGGAUACUGAGACGGACAGUAUUGCUGCGGAGACGAAGACAGAGCCCGAAAGUCCAGCAUUACUUAAGGGUUGCGGAGACUUCAGUCAGAGCUUGCUGGAUGAGAUAGAUUCAAUAUUUCGGAAUCUUGACCAUACCAAACGAGUGGAAGAAGUCAGAACUAUGCAGAGCGAAGUAGAAGCGGCUCUAAGAGCUCAUCAUUUAUCGCAAAUGGAGAAGAAAAAGGGGGGUUCUCACUCCGGAACGAUGAAACCCAUGUCAGCACAUGAUGAGAGGACUCUUAAUACGGCUGUUGCUUUAGCCAACGAACUAACGACCAAAUCAAUGAACGAUUUGGAGGGCGAUUCAAAACCUUUGCACUCGCCUAACGAACGUUCCAAGUUUCACUUCAAGUUUCCACUGGUGUCGUCUCUCCAACAUCAUCAUCAUCACGACUCUGACAAAGAUGCAUCCAGCAAGGCUGAACGCCGUAAUUUCAGUGAAGAAGCUAAGAGCGUGCCGGAUAUUCAGGCAACUAUAACCGAAGAGAGCAAACUAGCCUACACGAGUCUCAUCGAACAACCGACGCCAUCUUCGUCUCUGAUAACGCAAAUAAAUCACGACGCAAAGAAUCCCGCGAAGCCGACCCAGAAACCAUCGACUAUUCCGAAGCCGGCUCCGCGUUCACAGAAUGCGCCACAGCAAUUUUUUUCGCUGCAAAAACACAUAACGUUACAAACGAGACGUGCUGCGCAGCAAUCAGAAGAUACUGAGAACGAUAAUGUAAAUGCUAUUCCGUUACCACCGAGAGGAACCAAACCGAAACUGGUUGACAAGCCGAGACAUAUAAGAAAAUAUCCAUUGCGUUUGCCCAGUGCGGAUACGCACGCAAUAAUUUCUCACAGCAUACAAAUUGAGGCAAAACCUCAGACGAUCAUCUACCAGAAUACAGUCAGAUGCACAAUUCCAACGAUAAAAAUAAACGAUGAGAUAGCAGUGGAUAAUAUUCGUGAUAAUAAUGAAGGCGUGGAUGUUUUUGACGGUCCUGAAAACGCAAAGGUUGAUACCAAUCCCUUUACUACAACUACCACUAAUACUACUACAACCACUGCUAUGCCAGAUGUUGACGCAGCAGUACCCGGACCGAGCUCUAGUAACCCGUUCAAAUGCUAUCUAGAUGAUGAGACAAAAGAUUCUAAUUCUGAAGAUAGUGAAGGAGCCGUGGGCGGUGAAACGGAUUUUGAAGAAGAAGCUACUUUGAAAAAAGAUUACGUGUCGGUUGAAGAUUUGCUAGAAUUUGCUGAUCAGAAGCCAUCAUCGAGGCAGCGUGGUGUGGAAUCCGAUGAAGUUAGGAUUAUGAACAAAGUGCUCAAACAACAGGUUACACCAGAGAAAUGCUUGGAGGCGAUAGAAUUUUGCGAUUGGAAUAUUCACUUGGCUAUUAAACUUCUGAGGGUCAAGAUAUCCGUUGGAAAUACAAUGAACGUCUCCUUCGAAGACUGUCGGAGGGAAUUGGAAAACGCUGAUGGUGACAUAGUGAAGGCGGCUGCUAUACUUGUAUUAUCUAAUAAAAAUGUAUAAGUUUAAUUUAUUUUGUUUUAUUUUCAUUAUUAUGGUGUCGUAGUCUGUUAUUGUUCAACGUCUAUUAUAGUUCAUAUCUCGAACACUAUAACAUUUAGUACAUAAGGUAUAUAAUACGUGUCUUUAUCUUAUUGCUUGCUUCUAGAUAGAUCAAAGCUGUUAUUUAUGUAGAACGUAGACCAAAUAAACGUUUCAAAAUAUC